AUGGAUGACGUUCUUGCUCACGACAGCGAGGACGACGACGACGAUGGUGCUCACCUUGAUCCGGACGACGAGACCACCAACUUGGAACUAGCCGCCAACGACUCGCACGCUGCGAGUUCUACUGCGGGUCGCUCGAACAAUCUGCCGAUCAUGGUAGAAGCCCCUCAAAUUCCCUUUGAUCUUUUGGGUCCUAGAUUGAGACGAGGUAAUGGUCGGCACUUUCCAACCAAGUUCGUCCCAUACACUUUCCGAAAUGACCACGGCAAAGUCCUCAUCCGCACCGACGGUGCAUGUCUGAACAACGGCCAACCAAACCCAAAGGCCGGCUGGGCUUUCUGGCACGGACUUGAUCAUUUGGGCAAGCGACUUAUCGCCUCUGGCCACCUAGAGAAAAAGGGACCUUUUGGCGACGAUAGCAUUCAGUCUAGCAACCGGGCGGAGCUCCGCGCUGUUAUUGCAGCCCUGCGCUUCCGACACUGGCCAGGCGAGGGGUUCCACACGUUUGUUAUCGCCACCGAUUCCGAGUAUGCGGUUGAGGGUUCAACCAAAUGGGCCAAGACGUGGAUCGAGAAUGGCUGGACGACACGGGGACGGGCCGACGUCAAGAAUAGGGAUCUGUGGGAGGUGUUGCUGGGUGAGAUCGAGGGAUACAAGGACUACGGGAUGGCUGUCCAGUUCUGGAAAAUCCCGAGAGACUGGAACAUCGUUGCUGAUGCAGCUGCGAAGGACGCUGCCGCCGAGGUGGAUGCACCUGAUGAGUGGAGAGAAGUUUUCGGGAUAAAUUGUUAG